AUGGCUGAGCGAAUCUCUGUUCAGCAGGCUUUACAGGCCGCGUUUGGCGAGGAUCCUGAGAAUCUUCAGGUCUUUCAGUUUGAGCCCAAUGGCGGAGAAGCGGUGCUUUGUCGUUUCUGGGUUCGAACAGGUACCUGCAAAUGGGGAGCUCAGUGCCGACAUCGGCAUGACUUGGACCUCUCCAGAUACUCCUUGCGCGCGCGGCGUGGGGCUGCCAUGCCUGGGCUUGUCCAUGGUGAUCCAAAGGCUGCACUGGAGUCGGCGUCGGAAAAUAUUGCGUUCGUCCUGUGUGGCGAGCGAGCCGUCUACGACUACGAGGAUCACGAUGCCGCACGACGGUUUCUGUCGGCCGGGAUGCAAGGCCAGGAUGUUUGGUCUUUAUUGCCGCUGGAACUGGCCAUCGACACCUUGUGGAGCGCUGGAGCUUUUGGUGCGGUGUCAGCCACCAUGUCUUGCAAGGACUGGGGCUGCCUGCCGAUUGCCCAAGGCAUCAGAGAAUUGGCCUAUGCUGAUGCCACAGGAGCAGACUUCAGGAACUGCUCUCCACGUCAUUUGUGCGAUCUCAUGCUGACAAGGAGGUUUAUGCUCUCAGCUCAGACCCUGUAUGCUGAGAAAGCGAAAGGCAACCAGGGCUGUGGCUCCGCAUGCUCCGCAUGCGGCCCAGUGGUGCACGUUUGCCAGCCAUCACCUGCAUCCUUCAGAUUUGCUUGGCAAAUAUUUUUCUAUGGUGCAGGUAAUGUCAGAAGUGGGAACAUGCAGAGCCUCACAAGGCCUUUUGCUGUACUCAAGAGGGUGCUGUAA